UGUAGGUUACUUUCACUUUCACUUCAGCUGUCGCAGCCUCUGUGCGCUUUAGGAAAUGCGAACAGAAUUUGUGUAUUUCUGCUUUGAUUUCGUGUCCAACAUUGUGGAGCUCGUUUGAUCAGCAGUUCGGUGAGUAUAGCAGGACUCCGUGGCUUUCAGUAGUAAGUUUGCGUACUUCCCCCUCCGCGUUUAGACGUGCGUCAUCUUUUCCAACGCACUGCCCCAAAUUCCGCAGUAGAGACUCUUUGCUUAGUUUUCGACGGUCAUUACGGCCGUCCUCUUUCUGACACAUGCACACAGCAUACGGCGUCGUUCUCGGUUAAUCGACAUAGAAUUGCAUCGACUCGUUGUCCAGCUAUGUCCGUGGCUAUAGCAGACCAGUAUCAGCUCCAGGCCAUAAACCAGAUAGCAGAGUCUCUGAGCAGCUGUGAACGACGGAGCCUCCUGUACCUGUGCGGAAGUCUGGACUCCGAUUCUAGUGUGGCUUAUGUGAAGGAGAUCCUGAAAUCCAGAGUGCUGAGGCAGGAGAGGGGUCACCUGGUCCUGACUGAGCUCAUGUGCCAGCUGAGACGGUUUGAUAUUCUUAGAAAGGUGUUUCAGACCAGCAGGGAGGAGGUGGAGAGGACUGUCACAUACAGGCAGAGUCUGCCACAGUUCAGAGUAUUGAUGGCUGACAUAAGUGAAGAUUUGGCCACAGAUGAUCUGGAUAGUGUGAAGUUCUUGUUGAGCGGUAUAUUACCACGUGAAAAAGUUGAAAGAGCAAAGAAUUUCCUGGAUGUCAUCAUUGAACUAGAGAAGCUUGAUAAAGUUUCACCAGAGAGCGUGGACUUUGUAGAGGAAUGUUUAAUGAACAUUAGCAGGGUGGACCUGGCCAAAAAAGUGAAGAAGUACAAGAAUUCAGUUGCAUCUCCUGGACAACAGUCACCUCAGCUGCAGCUCUGCAGUAAUCCUUGUCCCGUCACCACACCGUACAGUUCCCAGUCUCCACGUCAGACAAGACCAGGACAGAUCAUCCACAGAGUUGCAUCUUCAGCACAGCAGUCACCUCAGCAGCAGCUCUUCAGCGCUCCUUGUCCUGCCACCACACCGUACAAUUCCCAGUCUCCACAUCAGACUAGACCAGGACAGAUGAUCCACAGAGCACCAGAAAAUCUAUGCGUGACUGCAUACAGAGAGCAGAGCUGUCAGAGUCAGGUGGACAGAUACAAGUUCAACUCUAAUCCCAGAGGAGUUUGUGUUAUCAUAGACUGUGUGGGAAAUGAUGGAGACAUGCUGGAACAGGCAUUCAAAGCUCUCCACUUCAGUGUCGUCCUCCAUAAGUGGCUGAGUGUGGACGCCACUCUCGCCGCUCUCAGAGAGACGUUCAGACACAGAGAGAGCCUUAAAGGUGAUGCCUUCAUCUGCUGCGUCAUUAGCCGGGGCACGGACAGCCAUCUCCUCGGCACAGACUCGUACGUCGUGGGUCUCAGCCUGGACAGCAUCAGGCGACUUUUCACGGCAGAGGCGUGCCCCAUGCUGGCCGGCAAGCCCAAACUCUUCUUCAUCCAGAGGUACAGCGUGCCUGAGUCUCAGCCCUGGGACAGGAUGCAGCACCAGGGUGAUGACCUGGAGACAGACGGGCUGUCCAGAGGUGAAGUCAUCCCUUCAGGUGCAGAUGUGUUCUGGAGUCACUGCUGGACAGAUGAGCGCCUGCUGGAGCAGGAAAACCAUCGCUCUGUCUACCUGAAGUCUCUGACUGAUGCCUUGCAAAGAAGCCAAAGGAGGAGAACAAACCUGCUUGAUGUUCACACUGAAAUGAACGGAGCCAUCUAUGAUCACAACAGGAGGAACCCAGAAGCAAAGUACCAUUUUGAACUGAAACACACUCUGCGGAAAGAUCUUUACUUACAUUAACUCUGAUUUCACCUUCAAUACUGACAGCUCCUUAUUUGACAGUCCAACACAUUUCCUGCCAGUUAAGAACAUUUUGAAUUGUGGAAACACUGACAUCUAGUGGAUGUGCUGACUAAAACACUCAUGCUUGUUUUCAUAGAUGUAGCCUCACAUAUUUAAGUGCUUGUUUAUAGUUUAAUAUUUAUGCCAGCAAAUGUGACUUAUUGUAUAAACUGAAGGAUGCAUUCCAGUGGUGCUUUUGCUCUCCAAGGUGCAGCUAAAACAGGUUAGGUGCAUGCGAUAAAAGUAAUUAGGCUUAAACGUGCAGAAAUGUGAAAAUAAUUAUAAAUGAAGAAAAUCUAUCUAUCUAUCUAUCUAUCUAUCUAUCUUUCUAUCAUUGAUAUUGUAAUAUGUUGUUAUUUUUGUCAUUAUUUCUCAUAUUAAUCUAUUUUAUUUUAUUUUUGAAAUUGUAAUAUACAGGGGAAAUUAUUCAUAUCUAAAUGUUUUGGUAUAUUAACUAUUAUCCAGUGUAUAAGCAGACUGUAGACCAGCGUUACUCAACCCUGCUCAGCCAAAAAGCCCAAUUAUUGAAUAAUACCUUUGCAAAAGCCACAAUCUAAGUGGUGAAAAGUGGAAAAUGGGUUAAAGUGGCAAUGAAAAAAAGUUAAGGGGGCAAAAUGGUCAAAAAGCAGACAAAAUAGGUGAAAAUGGGCAAAAUAAAAUGCCAAAUACCAGGUGACAAGUGACAAAAAUGGUGGAGAGAAAGUGACAAAAUUUGGAUGAGAAGUGACAAAAAAGAGCUGUACGUGGCAAAAAUGGUUCAAAAGUAGGCCUGUCAAAAUUAACGUGUUAAGGUGGAUUAAUCCAUCAUCUUGAUUAAUCUGAUUAAAAAUUUUAACGCAGUUAACCCAUCUACAGAGCAGAUUGACUCAAAAUCCCUGAAAACUUAGAGUACAUAAAGUAUUAUCCACAUUGCAGGAAGGAGUUUUCUUUUCACCGAAGCACUUCCACCUUAAAAUACCACAUUAAUGCGAAGCAUACAUUCAUCAGGGAUUGUGCGAGCACUUUGGCUAAUGCAUCGCCAAGCUUGCAAAAUGAAACGCGAUUAAUGUAGAUUAAAAAUGAAUGAUAUUUAAUCAUGAUUAAUCGAAAUUAAUCCACAGCAACCCUGUGAUUAAUCUGAUUAAAAAAUUUUAUUGUUUGACAGCA